AUGAUGCUCACGACAUCCUUCUUCUCACACCAAAUGCCGCACUACUCCGCAUACACGCCACCGCGAUCAUCACCACUAUCCGAGCGCUCCGCAAAUGCAGCCCCACGAACCUUCGACUUUACCAUGUCGUCACCUCUCAAGGAGAAGUCGGCGAUGCCACAACGCGCGUUCAAGGCCAAUCCAGUGAUGCAAACGCGCGACGCCACGACGAAGCGCAGGAGGGAUAUGUUCUUCAAGCGCGUGCAGAACAACCGGGACGACAAGAAGUGGGAGUCGCGAGGCGAGCAGAUCCAACAACUCGACUUCGUAUCUGAGCGGAAGCGCUGGGAAGCCGAAAAAGCGCGUCAAGCACCCCAAGAGAAUGACGACAUCGAUGAAGAGACCAUGGACGACGCGCCGCUUCCUGUACUUCCACAGUACGCGUCUCAAUCAGAUCCCGAGAUGACUGAAGCCGACUACGUCGCCGCACAAGAAGAGUACGAGCUACAACAACUGAUCGCGUCAAUGGAGCAAGAAUCGGAUGCGCGAUCACAGCAUUACGGUAGUGAUGAUGACGACUAUGAUUCGAUAUUCAUGGAGUGCGCGACGGCGGGGCACGAUCAGUAUCAGCAACAGCAGCAACGCGCGCAAGACGCGUUCGAAGGGGACGCGAUGGAUAUGGAUAUGAUGGAUUGUUGA